AUGAGUGAGGUACGAAGGGACAGCACCAGCAGCCUUCAGCGCAAGAAGCCGCCCUGGCUGAAGCUGGACAUCCCGGCUGUGGCCCCCCCAGCUACUGAGGAGCCCAGCUUCUUGCAGCCCCUGAGGCGCCAGGUUUUCCUUCGGAGUGUGAGCAUGCCAGCCGAGACCGCCCGCGUGCCCUCGCCCCACCCUGAGCCUAGGCGGCCUGUGCUGCAGCGCCAGGCGUCCAUCACACAGACCAUCCGCAGGGGCACAGCCGACUGGUUUGGCGUGAGCAAGGACGGUGACAGCACUCAGAAGUGGCAGCGGAAAAGCAUCCGCCACUGCAGCCAGCGCUAUGGGAAGCUGAAGCCUCAGGUCAUCCGGGAGCUGGACCUGCCCAGCCAGGACAACGUCUCACUGACCAGCACGGAGACGCCACCCCCGCUGUACGUGGGGCCAUGCCAGCUGGGCAUGCAGAAGAUCAUCGACCCCCUGGCCCGGGGCAGGGCUUUCCGCUUGGUGGAGGACACCUCCGAUGGCCUGAGUGCCCCCCACACACCCAUCACUCCCGGUGCCGCCUCCCUCUGCUCCUUCUCUAGCUCCCGCUCAGGCUUCAACCGGCUCCCCCGGCGGCGGAAGCGAGAGUCCGUGGCCAAGAUGAGCUUCCGCGCAGCCGCGGCGCUGGUGAAGGGCCGCUCGGUGCGGGAUGGCACGGGCCGCAGGCUGCAGCGUCGCAGCUUCACUCCCGCCAGCUUCCUGGAGGAGGACACGGCUGACUUCCCUGAGGAGCUGGACACGUCCUUCUUUGCCCGGGAAGGAGUCCUCCACGAGGAGCUGUCCACCUACCCGGAUGAGGUGUUCGAGUCCCCGUCCGAGGCGGCACUCAAGGACUGGGAGAAAGGCCCGGAGCAGGCAGACCUCACGGGCGGGGCCCUGGAGCGCAGUGAGCUGGAGCGCAGCCACCUGAUGCUGCCUCUGGAGCGCGGCUGGCGCAAGCAGAAGGAGGGCAGCCCCGCAGCCCCGCAGCCCAAGGUGCGCCUGCGGCAGGAGGUGGUGAGCGCAGCGGGGCCGCGGCGGGGCCAGCGCAUCGCUGUGCCAGUGCGCAAGCUGUUUGCCCGGGAGAAGCGGCCGUACGGGCUGGGCAUGGUGGGCCGCCUCACCAACCGCACCUACCGCAAGCGCAUCGACAGUUACGUCAAGAGGCAGAUCGAGGACAUGGAUGACCACAGGCCGUUCUUCACCUACUGGCUCACCUUCGUGCACUCGCUUGUCACCAUCCUGGCGGUCUGCAUCUACGGCAUCGCUCCCGUGGGCUUCUCGCAGCAUGAGACGGUGGACUCGGUGCUACGGAACCGCGGCGUCUAUGAGAACGUCAAAUACGUGCAGCAGGAGAACUUCUGGAUCGGGCCCAGCUCGGAGGCCCUCAUCCACCUGGGCGCCAAGUUCUCGCCCUGCAUGCGCCAGGACCCGCAGGUGCACAGCUUCAUCCGCGCGGCUCGCGAGCGCGAGAGGCACUCGGCCUGCUGUGUGCGCAACGACCGCUCGGGCUGCGUGCAGACCUCGGAGGAGGAGUGCUCGUCCACACUGGCAGUUUGGGUUAAGUGGCCUGUUCACCCCAGUGCCCCAGACCUCGCUGGGCACAAGAGGCAGUUUGGUUCCGUCUGCCACCAGGACCCCAGGGUGUGCGAUGAACCCUCCUCUGAAGACCCUCAUGAAUGGCCUGAUGACAUCACCAAGUGGCCGAUCUGCACCAAAAACAGUGCUGGGAACCACACCAACCACCCCCACAUGGACUGUGUCAUCACGGGACGUCCCUGCUGCAUUGGCACCAAGGGCAGGUGUGAGAUCACCUCCCGGGAGUACUGUGACUUCAUGAGAGGCUACUUUCACGAGGAGGCCACGCUCUGCUCUCAGGUGCACUGCAUGGACGAUGUGUGUGGGCUCCUGCCCUUCCUCAACCCCGAGGUGCCUGACCAGUUCUACCGCCUGUGGUUGUCCCUCUUCUUGCACGCAGGGGUCCUGCACUGCCUGGUGUCCGUCUGCUUCCAGAUGACCAUCCUGCGGGAUCUGGAGAAGCUGGCGGGCUGGCACCGCAUCUCCAUCAUCUACCUGCUGAGUGGCAUCACCGGCAACCUGGCCAGUGCCAUCUUUCUGCCAUACCGGGCGGAGGUGGGCCCGGCUGGCUCGCAGUUUGGCAUCCUGGCCUGCCUCUUCGUGGAGCUGUUCCAGAGCUGGCAGAUCCUCGCGCGGCCCUGGCGUGCCUUCUUCAAGCUGCUGGCUGUGGUCCUCUUCCUCUUUGCCUUCGGGCUGCUGCCCUGGAUCGACAACUUCGCCCACGUCUCCGGGUUCGUCAGCGGCCUCUUCUUGUCCUUCGCCUUCCUGCCCUACGUCAGCUUUGGCAGGUUCGACCUGUACCGGAAGCGCUGCCAGAUCAUCGUCUUCCAGGCGGUAUUCCUGGGGCUGCUCGCCGGCCUGGUGGUGCUCUUCUACUUUUACCCGGUGCGCUGCGAGUGGUGCGAGUUCCUCACCUGCAUCCCCUUCACCGACAAGUUCUGUGAGAAGUACGAACUGGAUGCACAGCUGCACUGA